AUGAAGAGAUUCAAAUCAGAGAACUUGUUCUGGUCGUCCGCAGACGUGUGCGACGUGACACCGGCUCAUCUACGCGCGAAGGAGGUGCCCGCUGCCGGUAUUCAGUGUUUCUUCAUCUGCACCGACUACUUCACCUCCCAGCAGUUUGUCGAUGCGCUGCGCGCGGGAUUCCGGGAAUUUGCGACCGCGUGCCCAUCGAGGCCGGGGAUCGGUGACGUCCCUGCGGAUGUGUCUACGGUUGAUACAUCCAAGUCGCGAAAGGUCUUGGAGGUUGCAGUGUCACUUGCUGGAGGAGCAAUCGUUGAUGAUGCGGGGCGAACUCUUCUGCGGCUUGAAAAGGCUGAGGGGGCCUAG